AUGGACUCAUAUUUCCGCAAUACCUAGGGUUUUAUCUUUGUUUUUAGCAAGACAGAAAACAAGAGUUUGCACAAACUUCAGUAUUACAUUGAUAAUGCUAGACUCAAUUGCAGCAAGUAAACUUAAUUUAUACUUGUAGGGAAUAAAGUAGAUGACAUCCAGCACAUUCAAGUUUCCUCUGAUGAGGCUAGAGCUUUCGCUCAUGUAAAUAAAAUGAGUUAUAUUGAAGCAUCAGCAAAAUCGGGUUACAAUGUGAGCAAUAUAUUCUCUAUUUUAGUGCAGGAGAUUAUGUAAAAGCCUAUUAAACUAUAAAUAGCUCAUAAUUACCUAUAUCAAUGGAGUGACUUAGAUGGCUAGUCUAAUGGAUCAUAUAAUGGUAGUCAAAAUAGCAAUUAGAAUAACUCGAUAGAAGGAGUUUUAGUAAUGGGUCAUGCUAGCAGUGGUAAAACUUAAAUUGUCAAUUAGUUUGUGAAUGGAAGAUUUUGGGAUCAGUAUAUACCAACAGUCGGAUUUGAUUACGUAAUACUACUUAUACUUAAUCUUAAUUCUUAGAGAUAUAAGAAAGUUGAAAUGAAUGAGAGAAAUAUAACCCUUGAGAUAAAGGACAAAGCAGGAAGGCAUGAUUACCAAAUAAUUGUUUCACCUUAUUACUAUGGAAUAAAGGGUUUUGUCAUAGUCUAUGAUUUAACCAGUGAAGAGUCUCUGGCAGAGGCGGAGAGUAUAGUGAUGUCUAUUAUUACAAAAUCCUUAGAUAAUGUUGCUAUAAUACUGGUGGCAAAUAAAAUAGAUCUCCUAGAGAGGAAAAAUUCAGCUGACAUGGAUCCUCUCUAGGAAUCUUAGAAUUCUUAAGGAUCUAAAGGAGAAGAAGACAAUCAGUCUAGUCAAAAUUCUAAUUCAAACGAGGAUGAUGAUUAAAAUAAAGAAAAGUUGAGUGCAGAGACAAAAAAUGAUGAAAUUAAAUAAGUACUCUUGAUUAAUAAUCAGUAAUCAGAAAUAAAUACAAGCAUUGAUCCUGAGAGAUAUUACCUUGCAUUUCAAGGAAAGGAAUUCGCUUUAAAUCAUGAAAUACAAUAUAUUGAGACCUCAGCUAGAACUGGUUUUAAUGUUGACUCUUUAUUUAAACUGUUAGCUUCUUAAAUCCUGAUGAAACAAAAUCACUUUUGA